AUGUGGUUUUUCGGAAGGAAAUGGCCAUCUGGGUUUUCUUCCAGUUCCACAGCGGAGGAAGUCACAGAAGGCAUUGAUGGAAGUGGCCUCACUGCUAUUGUUACAGGAGCAUCAAGUGGUAUUGGCGCAGAGACAGCGCGUGUUCUUGCUUUGCGCGGUGUCCAUGUAGUUAUGGCAGUAAGGAACGUGGAUUCUGGUAAGAAUGUCAAAGAAGAAAUACUAAAGGAAAUCCCCAAUGCUAAGGUUGAUGUGAUGGAGUUGGAUCUCAGCUCAAUGGCCUCGGUUCGGGAAUUCGCAUCCAAAUAUAAUUCCUUGGGUCUUCCGCUGAAUAUCCUUAUUAACAAUGCAGGGAUUAUGGCAUCUCCUUACAUGCUCUCCAAAGACAACAUAGAACUGCAGUUUGCAACCAACUAUCUAAGCCCUUUUCUUCUUACAAAUCUUUUGUUGGACAACAUGAAAAACACAGCACGUGAAAGUAGUCGAGAAGGAAGAAUUGUUAAUCUAUCUUCAUCAGCUCAUCGUCAUCCAUUCCCUGGAGGAAUUCGUUUUGAUAAAAUCAAUGAUGAAGCAGGAUAUGGCAGUAUAAAAGCUUAUGGACAAUCAAAGCUUGCUACUCUAUUGCAUGCUAAUGAGCUUGCAAGACGUUUCAAGGAAGAAGGAGUAAACAUAACUGCUAAUUCACUUCAUCCUGGAGGCAUUCACACCAAUCUUUUCCGCUAUCAUACUGUUCUUAGUGGCUUUGCGAAUACAAUCGGCAGAUUCAAGUUCAAAUCUGUUCCCCAGGGAGCUGCAACUACAUGCUAUGUGGCAUUGCAUCCGCAAGUUAAUGGGGUAAGCGGCAAGUAUUUUGAGGACUGUAACAUAUCGAAACCAAGUGCAUAUGGUGAAGAUGCAGAAUUGGCCAAAAAACUAUGGGAAUUCAGCUUGCCCUUGACCAAUCCCUAG